AUGAUGAGAAACAAAUUUCGUGGCCAGCAAUGUGGGGUUUUUGAAAAAAGCUUACGCUGCGGAUCAGUAACCGGAGAAAAUCUACGAAAAGGACAGUGGACUGAAGGGCCAUGGAGAAACAAGAAUACAGAUCUGAAAGUUGGAACGGAAUCGCAAGAGCAAGGGGAAGGCACAUGCGAAAGAAAACAUGGAGUGUUCUAUACGCACAAGAUCAAGAAAAUAAUGGAUGAAAUUCUACAAGAAAAGCUUUCGAACCAAUCCUACGACUCUCAAAGGUGUCGUUGGCUCUGUAUGAGCCUGUCAGAAGACAUCAAGGGUCGUGUAAAGGAACUAGGAAUGGAGCGAUUUCGCUUAAUAUGUAAUGUAAGUAUAGGAUCGAACAACGGACAGGGAUUUUUCAUGGCCAGUCGCUUUCUUUGGAAUGAAUUCAGGGAUAAUUUUUCCUCAUCAUCCUUUCAAAAUGCGUCAUUGUUCGCGGUUGCUGUUGUGUUUGGUGUUUUGAAAGAGUGA